AUGGCAGCAUUGAAGCAUGAGAAGGGUCUAUAUGAUGGGGAACGGUUCUACAACAAGCAUUCGACCAUACAGCACUCUGCUGUGGAUGAAUGCAGUAGCAUUACUUUAGCCGACUAUGGUUGCUCCGAAGAGGCCAACUCGCAAGCGCUCACCUCUUGA